AUGCUGCAAAACCUCGACGACAUCACCAAGGAUGCGCUGCACAGCUUCUCCGACGCCCUCGCACAAGCGCAGCAGACCCUCCAGCAGGACCAGGCGCGGCUGGACAGCACCGCCGAGCUUCUCCACGCGCUGUCACACGAGAACAACGAACUGCGCACCCGCAAAGUGCACAACACGCAGGAACUUCAGCGACUCAACGCCCUUCGAGCUGAAAAGGCGAAGCUGACACGGCAAACCCAGCACAAACGGGCCAACGUGCAGUCCUGUUUGGCUCACAUGCAGCAAUUAAAAGAACCGCGCCUGGCGCUGAUGACAGAGGUGGAGCGGCAGCGGCGAGACGUGAUGGCGCUACGCAAGCACUACUGCACGCGGGCAGCGCAGGUACACGGAUACGUGACCCACCUGCUCGCCCCACAGAACAGUCUCGAGAGCCUGCGACGCCAGCUUGCACAGGUGCAGGGACAGCGUCAAGAAGGUGAAGCGGCGGUAGAGCAGCUGAGGGAGAAGUUGGCGGAGCUGCAGAGGGAGGCGACCGCUUUCAGAGCCGCACGGCAAUCAUGGCAGGCGGAGGACCAGGGCGGGGAGGCGUGCACUGCAGAGGACGAAAAAGAGAGGGCUGGAAAGCAUGUCCACAGUUGUUUCCCAUGCGCGGCGUUAGGGGGCGACGCGGCGACGGAAGAAAUGGCAAAAGACAGCAUCCGCGCGGCGACUUCCAGAACGACCCCCCUUACAGAAGCCGACAAGCUGCAGAGCCUGACCGCACAGAGGGCAGCGCAGCAGGCGACGAUUACCGCAAGCCAGCUACAGUACACGCAAGAAGAAGCGGAGCUUCAGCGAUGUCGUGCAGAACUGAAACAACUCGUCCUGCAGCUUUGCGGUGACAUCGAAGGCGCAGAUGCCGCGCAGCAAGAGGAGCAGAAGAGCUAUCACGACGCCCUCAACACCGCAGUCGGCGUUGGUGCUCGCAGGACCUGCGCUUCCUGCCACCGUGAUUUCCUUCAAGACUUUUCCUAG